CGAUAGUUCGCCGCGCUGCGCCCGCGCAUACGAUCCGACCGAGUAAAAUAUGAAUUCGAUUUCAGUGCUGAAGUGACAACUGUGAAAUUGUGAGUUCGAUUUAGUGCUUAACGAUAAAGGAUUUUCUUGUGCGAAAAUAUCAUUUAUAAAGAUGGGUUGCAAGUUAACGUUCGUUGACGACGUGCUGAAUCGAUCGUUCUACAAGCUCGGGCUUAUCGUGGGGAAGCAGCCAGGCUACUUCAUCAUCAUUCCGGUUCUGCUCACCCUGCUAAUGGUCACAGGAUAUCAACGCGUGCACUAUGAAAUGGACCCAGAAUAUCUCUUCUCGCCGGUCAGCGGACAAGGGAAAUUAGAGAGGCGGAUAGUUGAGGAACACUUUAAAGUUAACUAUUCUAAUCGGUUUAACGUCGGGAGAAUCACACGGCCUGGUAGAUUCGGCCGAGUUAUUAUCGUAGCUAAGGACAAUGACAGAAACAUGCUUCGAACAGAGGUGUGGAAGGAGCUACGUGAGUUGGACGACCUGGUGCAGAACAUCACGGUAACCAUGUCGACGGGGGAAACAUUUACGUACAGAGAAGAAUGCGCGCGUUGGGAGGGCCAGUGCUUCGUUAACGACAUCCUUAACUUGGAUAAGAUUAUAGGCGAGGUAGAAGCCGGGGAACUGAACUUAACGUUUCCGAUAAUGUUUAACCCGGUGACGUGGGAGGCUCACGCUUUUCCUGUUUUUUUCGGUGGGUCGAAGGUUGUGGAUGAUACUAUAGUGUCUGUACCCGCCGUGCAGCUCGUCUGGUUCGUGAGGACUGACACUAAACUGCAGGAACAACGAGGUGCGGCUUGGGAAGAUGCGUUUUUAGAAGCCGUUGGUGUGGCAGAAGACACUGGAAGAUUUAAGCACAUCUCCGUUGCGAGAUUCGCAUCACGAACACUCGACCACGAGCUCGAAAAGAACACCCGAACCGUCAUACCGUUCUUCAGCUCCACAUUUAUCUUAAUGGGAAUUUUCUCGUUCGUAACUUGCAUGAUGGGCGACUGGGUGCGCUCUAAGCCGUGGCUUGGUCUGCUGGGAAACAUUUCGGCCGUGAUGGCAACAGCUGCCGCUUUCGGUUGUGCUAUUUAUUUGGGUAUUUCAUUCAUCGGCAUUAACUUGGCUGCACCCUUUCUAAUGAUUGGCAUCGGCAUUGACGACACUUUCGUAAUGCUGGCGGCAUGGCGACGCACCUCGUCGCAGCUCUCCGUGCCGGAACGUAUGGCAAUCAUGUUGUCGGAAGCCGCCGUGUCCAUAACCAUCACUUCUGUCACGGAUAUGUUGUCGUUCUUCAUUGGUGUAUUUUCCCCGUUCCCAUCUGUUCAGAUCUUCUGCAUGUACUCAGGUCUGGCAGUAUGUUUCACGUUUGUGUGGCACUUAACUUUCUUUGCCGGCUGCGUCGCAGUGUCUGGAUAUAGAGAGAAGCAGAACCGACACACAAUCACGUGGCUCAAGGUUCUACCUGAAUCCAGAGCUCGAAAAGAAGAAAGAUCUUGGCUUUAUAGAAUUUUCUGCAGCGGAGGAGUGGACUCGGCAGAUCCAAGCAAUUCCAUCGACAACAAGGAGCACUGCAUAAUGUUGUUCUUCAAAACGACUAUGGCAGAUAUACUGAAUAAUAAUUAUAUGAAAGCUGUGGUUAUUAUCGUGUUUCUGGCAUAUUUGGCUGGGGCAGGUUAUGGAGUAACUAACCUUAAAGAGGGCCUAGAGAGAAGAAAGUUAUCUAAGAACGAUUCAUAUUCAGUGGAGUUUUUCGACCGAGAGGACCUUUACUAUCGAGAAUUUCCUUACAGAAUACAGGUUAUAAUAAGUGGUAAAUACAAUUACUCCGAUCCCAUGGUCCAAAAAGAGGUUGACAUCCUAACGAAGAGUUUAGAAAACACCUCCUACAUAUCCAACUCACUGUAUACCGAGUCUUGGUUAAGGACUUUUGUGGAAUAUGUGGAGAGGAAUAAUGACUACUUAAACAUUUCCAUUGAUACGGAGCAAGAUUUCAUAAAGAAUCUGAAAGAGCUAUGGCUUUUCCCAGCAAAUCCGUUUUCGUUGGACGUUAAAUUUGAUGAAACAGGAGAAACGAUUAUCGCAUCGAGAUUUUUGAUUCAAGCUAUAAACAUCAGUGGGACUAAUCACGAAAAGGAAAUGGUGAAAGCCCUGAGAGAAGUUGUUGCACAAUCUUCAUUAAACGUCUCAGUGUUUCAUCCUUAUUUCGUAUUCUUUGACCAGUUCGAGCUAGUGCGCCCGACGUCCAUACAAAAUCUCUGCUACGGAGCUCUAAUGAUGAUGAUAACGUCUUUUAUUUUUAUUCCAAACAUUUUAUGUUCUUUGUGGGUAGCGUUCAGUAUAAUAUCCAUAGAAGUCGGAGUCGUAGGGUACAUGGCAUUGUGGGAUAUAAACCUCGACUCUAUAUCAAUGAUCAACCUAAUAAUGUGUAUAGGAUUUUCAGUUGAUUUUACUGCACAUAUUUGUUACGCGUACAUGUCAUCCAAAGCGAAAUAUCCGAAAGAACGCGUCAGUGAAUGUUUAUACUCUCUAGGGUUGCCAAUCGUUCAAGGUUCCUUCAGUACUAUUUUAGGAGUUGUCGCCUUACUAUUAGCGGACAGCUAUAUUUUCUCGGUAUUCUUCAAAAUGGUAUUUAUGGUGAUAUUUUUCGGGGCUAUGCACGGACUAUUCCUCUUGCCGGUGCUUUUGUCUCUCUUUGGACCGGGUUCGUGUACGCGCGAGCACGACGAGAUUGGACUCGCCAAGAUUGAGAAAUGCUAUCCCAACCCGUAUUGUUUACCGCAUCCUCAAUUGACGCUCAACGAUCAAAUCUAUAGUGGAAAGAAUGGGAGCCCUCACGGAAUCUAUAAGAUUUAUAGCGAAGACAAAGAUCUCGGAAUAGGAACAUCCGGGGAGGACACCAGCGAGAGCAGUUCCAAUCAAUCUCAACGUCGACAAGCAAUAAACGAAGACGGUAAAAGAAAGUACGAAAACGGUUGGGCUAAGUUUAAUUACGGCCAAAGCAGCAGCGAGUUUCAGCCGUCGGGAGAAUUAGACAUGUACGGUCGGGACGGCGAGAGAACUUGGCAAAAACAACGAUAUGAAGCGAAUCGCCAAGCGUUCGACAAUUACAGGCGAACACCGGGAUUCAGUGACGACGAAGUUGUGAUGUCGCGAAAGUCGAGCGACACGAGUCCGCGGAGAGAGAACCAGUACAGGGUUACGCGGACCCAUUCGCACCAUAACUUACACAGGCCCCGAGCUCCGAGGCGCUCAAACUCACACCAAAAUCUAGAAAUCCAUAACUAUAUAGCAGAGUUGCGUUUUCCUUGAAAGAAAAAAAUUAAUUCCUUCUUCUUUUGAAGCGUUUGUACGAGAACACGUUUCUUUGUGCUCAAUUUGUGGACCAAAGUAUUAUUUUUACGGGAAGAUAUCCAAUAAUUCGUAGACUAGGUAGGUCGUGAGACACGGUGUACCUACUAGUCCAGCGAGCUGUUAUGUAAGGAACGAUUGCAUCGAUCAAAUUGAAAGAAAUAUUGAAAAUAAAAUAAAAACAUGAAACAAGUACACAUCAUUAAUAGAACUGUUGAGUUUAGUCUGGAUUGGAUAGAUUUGGAUUUAAUUUUAUUAAUUAAUAGGGUUAAUAGCGUUAGUAAAGGAUUCGAGAUAAGUCUGUUAUCAUUAGUAUUUAGAGAGCGUUCUUUUAGAAUUGUUUUUAAUAGGAUAGGUGUAGUAAAAAAAUAUGUCAAUUGUAUAAUUUAUUUCGUCAAUCAGUUCCUUAAUCUAUGUCAUCGACGUACCGGUCGCGUUCGCAAACCAUUAACUAAAAGAGAAGGCCGAGUCCAGAACUUCAGACCGAAAGUCAACUCACGUACAUUUAAAUAUUUACAAUAUUAUUUUCAUAAAAACCCAUACAGUUGCUAUAUUAUUACAAUAUAUUUCUCGGUGGGUCCGUCGUGACGUCGUUAUUUCGAUUUUGUAUAUACUUUAAAGGUUGAUAUUUUGUGAUAGAUUUCGAUGCCAUGUAUCUUUGAUCCGUAAGUAUUAAGGCACCGCACGAAACGGGAUUGAUUUAUAAAAUUCCCUGCAUUUUAUAUAAAAACUGUUCCCAAACGUCUACACCUCAAGGGCGUCGACCGACGACUGAAAACUGUAAAUACAUUAUUUUAAUAUUAAAGUUAAUAUAAAAGUUUAA